UCCUUGCCUGGGCUCAGACACACAGCCAGCCCGGAGCCGCCGCUCGGGCCGGGCCGCCGCCGCCGCCUCUGCCUCUGCCUCCCCCAGAGCCGCUCGAGCCGCUGGAAGCGUCGCCGCCACAGCCGCGGGCCGCCCCCGCCGCGCCGGCCUGGGCUCGGGCUGCGAGCGCCGCCGCAACCGCAACCGGAGCCGGCGCGGGAGCCCGAGAGCACUGGGCUGGGCUGGGCUGGGGCGGGCGCAGGGCGCAGGGGCGGGAGCGCGGGGGAAGACGCACGGGCGGGCUCGGCUCUCCCGGGGAGCGGCCCGGGACUGCACCGGGACCCGCGCCUCCCCGCUCCGCGCUGCCCUCGGCCUCGCCCCGGGCCCGGGCGGAUGAGCCGCGCGCCCGGGGGACAUGGAAGCGCUGACGCUGUGGCUUCUUCCCUGGAUAUGCCAGUGCGUUACGGUGCGGGCCGACUCCAUCAUCCACAUCGGUGCCAUCUUCGAGGAGAACGCAGCCAAGGACGACAGGGUGUUCCAGUUGGCUGUAUCAGACCUGAGCCUCAAUGAUGACAUCCUGCAGAGUGAGAAGAUCACUUACUCCAUCAAGGUCAUCGAGGCCAAUAACCCGUUCCAGGCAGUGCAGGAAGCCUGUGACCUCAUGACCCAGGGAAUUUUGGCCUUGGUCACAUCCACAGGCUGUGCAUCUGCCAACGCCCUGCAGUCCCUCACAGAUGCCAUGCACAUCCCACACCUCUUUGUCCAGCGCAACCCCGGGGGUUCACCACGAACUGCCUGCCACCUGAACCCUAGCCCUGACGGUGAGGCCUACACACUGGCUUCGAGACCACCUGUCCGUCUCAAUGACGUCAUGCUCAGGCUGGUGACAGAGCUGCGCUGGCAGAAGUUCGUCAUGUUCUAUGACAGCGAGUAUGAUAUCCGUGGGCUCCAAAGCUUUCUGGACCAGGCCUCACGGCUGGGCCUCGACGUCUCUUUACAAAAGGUGGACAAGAAUAUCAGUCACGUGUUCACCAGUCUCUUCACCACCAUGAAGACAGAGGAGCUGAACCGCUACCGGGACACGCUGCGCCGUGCCAUCUUACUGCUUAGCCCACAAGGGGCCCACUCCUUCAUCAAUGAGGCUGUGGAGACCAACCUGGCUUCCAAGGACAGCCACUGGGUCUUUGUGAAUGAGGAAAUCAGUGACCCCGAGAUCCUGGAUCUGGUCCACAGUGCCCUUGGCAGGAUGACCGUGGUCCGACAAAUCUUCCCAUCUGCAAAGGACAACCAGAAAUGCAUGAGGAACAACCAUCGCAUCUCUUCCCUGCUCUGUGAUCCACAGGAAGGCUACCUCCAAAUGCUGCAGAUCUCCAAUCUCUACCUGUAUGACAGUGUUCUGAUGCUGGCCAACGCCUUCCACAGGAAGUUGGAGGACCGGAAAUGGCACAGUAUGGCAAGCCUUAACUGCAUAAGAAAGUCUACCAAGCCAUGGAAUGGAGGGAGAUCCAUGUUAGACACAAUUAAAAAGGGACACAUCACUGGCCUCACAGGAGUCAUGGAGUUUCGGGAAGACAGCUCGAAUCCCUAUGUCCAGUUUGAAAUCCUUGGCACAACCUACAGUGAGACCUUUGGUAAAGACAUGCGCAAGCUGGCGACCUGGGACUCGGAGAAAGGCUUGAAUGGCAGUCUGCAGGAGAGGCCCAUGGGCAGUCGCCUCCAAGGACUGACUCUCAAAGUGGUGACUGUCUUGGAAGAGCCUUUUGUGAUGGUGGCUGAGAACAUCCUUGGACAGCCCAAACGUUACAAAGGGUUCUCCAUAGAUGUGCUGGAUGCAUUGGCUAAGGCUUUGGGAUUCAAGUAUGAGAUAUACCAGGCCCCUGAUGGCAGGUAUGGUCACCAGCUUCAUAACACCUCCUGGAACGGGAUGAUCGGGGAGCUCAUUAGCAAGAGAGCAGACUUGGCCAUCUCCGCUAUCACCAUCACCCCAGAGAGGGAGAGCGUUGUGGACUUCAGCAAGCGCUACAUGGACUACUCUGUCGGGAUCCUCAUCAAGAAACCCGAGGAGAAAAUCAGCAUCUUCUCCCUCUUUGCCCCCUUUGAUUUUGCCGUGUGGGCCUGCAUCGCAGCCGCCAUCCCUGUAGUCGGUGUGCUCAUAUUUGUGUUGAACCGGAUACAGGCUGUACGGGCUCAGAGCGCUGCCCAACCACGACCUUCUGCUUCUGCCACCCUGCACAGUGCCAUCUGGAUUGUCUAUGGAGCCUUUGUUCAGCAAGGUGGUGAGUCGUCUGUGAACUCUGUGGCCAUGCGCAUUGUGAUGGGCAGCUGGUGGCUCUUCACCCUCAUUGUGUGUUCCUCCUACACAGCCAACCUCGCUGCUUUCCUCACAGUGUCCAGGAUGGACAACCCCAUAAGGACGUUUCAGGACCUGUCCAAGCAACUGGAGAUGUCUUAUGGCACCGUGCGGGAUUCUGCUGUAUACGAGUACUUCAGAGCCAAGGGUACCAAUCCCUUGGAGCAGGACAGCACUUUUGCUGAGCUCUGGCGGACCAUAAGCAAGAAUGGAGGUGCCGACAACUGUGUAUCCAGUCCUUCAGAAGGCAUCAGAAAGGCCAAGAAGGGGAACUACGCGUUUCUGUGGGAUGUGGCCGUGGUGGAGUACGCAGCCCUGACAGAUGACGACUGCUCCGUGACUGUCAUCGGCAACAGCAUCAGCAGCAAGGGCUACGGGAUUGCCCUGCAGCAUGGCAGCCCCUACAGGGACCUCUUCUCCCAGAGGAUCCUGGAGCUGCAAGACACAGGGGACCUGGAUGUGCUCAAGCAGAAGUGGUGGCCGCACACAGGCCGCUGUGACCUCACCAGCCAUUCCAGUGCCCAGGCUGAGGGCAAAUCCCUUAAACUACACAGCUUUGCCGGGGUCUUUUGCAUCUUGGCCAUUGGCCUCCUCCUUGCCUGCCUUGUGGCUGCUCUAGAGUUAUGGUGGAACAGCAACCGGUGCCACCAGGAGACCCCCAAAGAGGACAAAGAGGUGAAUCUGGAACAGGUGCACCGGCGCAUCAAUAGCCUCAUGGAUGAAGACAUUGCUCACAAGCAAAUUUCCCCAGCAUCCAUUGAGCUCUCUGCCCUGGAGAUGGGGGGCCUGGCUCCAAGCCAAGCUUUGGAGCCCACGCGGGAGUAUCAGAACACCCAGCUCUCGGUCAGCACCUUUCUGCCUGAACAAAGCAGCCAUGGCACCAGCCGGACACUGUCGUCAGGGCCCAGCAGCAACCUGCCACUGCCACUGAGCAGCUCAGCCACCAUGCCCACGAUUCAGUGCAAACACAGGUCGCCCAACGGAGGACUGUUCCGACAGAGCCCUGUGAAGACCCCAAUCCCCAUGUCCUUUCAGCCCGUGCCUGGAGGCGUCCUUCCAGAGGCUCUGGACACCUCUCACGGCACCUCCAUCUGACCGUCGCCUGCCCUCUUGCCCGUCUGCCCACCCACCCGACCAGCAGAGCUUUUUAAUACAAGAAAAUGACAACACAGACCACACACACACACACACACACAUACACACACGGACUCUUUCAUUUUUCUUGUACAUAAAUGUAAAUAAUGACAGAAUGGAGUGGGGUAAAAGUGUAUUUUGAAUAUUCCCAAUUUUCGAAGUCAGUAAAAAACAAAAAAACAACAAAAACUGUAUGAAUGACUUUGUAAAUUUUGUUCUAUAUGAAUAAAAAGGCAAAUUACUUGUGAUCAUUCUGAAGUGCCAAAGGAGCCUCCUGUUCCUGGACCCUUCCGAGGGCAGGAAGGACCAUCGGAAAAGAAGCUCCUGGCUGCUGGGGAGGAAAGAAGACGUGGAGGAGCCCCGAAUGCCGCUUGCUGCUGUGCCAACAGCUUUCCCUCUUGUCCUUCCUUACAAGUCCCUCAUUAUUCCUUCGGUGUCCUUGGGUGGAUUCAGUGUGUGCCUGAGUCUGGAGCCCAGGUUGUGUGGACCCAUCUGGUCCCUGACCUGUAGGCUGACCUGCCCUAGACAUGGCGCUGGACAAUCAGGCUCAAGAUGCUGAGGUCGCUGUGUGUCACAGUGUGUAGCAUGCAACUGUCCCCAAGGCCUCAGAAAAGAUGCCCAUAUUGAGGUCACAGUCUCUGAGGCUUUGAUAUCAAUGUGUUUGAACAACAUAUUAUUGGUCUUUUUUUUUUUUUAAAUCUCUUUUUACUUAGGAGAAUCAGUCAGUGAUGGCAACACCAUCUAGGCAGAGGUGAGACUGUCCUGAGUGGGACAUCCUUUAUUAUAGGUUGAAUUUGUCAUAUGGAUUGUAUGACAUAUGGAUUGUAAGAAACCAGGUAAAGACUGUUCGCUUGGAUUAGGGCUUAUAGCUCUGAUCAAAAGAAAAGUGUAGCUACAGACACAGGGAGUAGAAGUACACAGGUAAAAGGCUUCCACUGAAAUGAGUUAGGGGAAUUUUCUCCAAAUUAUGGGGAGAUUGAGGAUAAACAAGAAGGACCACGUAGGGAAUUAGCUUGACUCUUUCAAGAGGAGUCCUAAUGAAGCUAUCCAUAGUCCUUAAAGACAUGUCUUUAGCGCUUUAUAAAGUUGGCUAAACAGGACCAGAUCUCAGCACUAGCCCUUUCUCCAGAAUUACUGUGUUUUCAACACCAGGAGUCCUCAGACAAUAAACCAGCCCACAGCAGGGAUCCUUCAGGCUGGAAGAAUCUUCUAUCCUCUGAGAUGGUGAAUUUGCAGGGAAGUCCUGUUUGAUAAAACAAGGCUAACCUAAGGCUCUUCCCUCUCUACAUUGCCCUUUGUGGGGUAACUAAACUGUAGAACCAGCAAUGAUCCCUCCGGGGGAAUCUGAGCUGUAUCACUGUAAGCUGCUUCCUCCCAUUUUGAAGACCAAGGUGUCUCUGAUCUCCUACACUGCUGGGAUGUAGAACAUAACCCCAUCCAGUUCCAAAAGUAUAGAGCUCCUACCCGAACUACAAAUUGAGGUGUUAAGAUCUUGGUCUGUGGUUACAGAGAAACACACCAUUUCUGUCUAUUACUUCUUCUGUACUUCUAUAUUUUUGUAGAGUUAGUUGAGAGAUAGAUUCAUGAAGGUAAUUACUGGCCCAGGAUGAAUUUAUUUCCCAAAGUCCCUAAUGAUGUUAACGAGUAUAAAGAAGUUACUGUAUCACAGAGUCAGCUAAAAGCACCAGAACAAAACAAGACAAUGUUCACAGUCAUGUAUAAUUGGCUACUGGGAAUUCCAUGAUACUAGUGUGACUAGAGUGAUUUAUCAGCAUUUCCCUAGUCAGUGUGUGGACCGUGGAGACAGGUGUGCACGGCAAAGCCUAGGUGGGCUACCUAGCUUGCAAAGGCUUUGUUUUCAUUUCAUCAGCACUUUGGGCAACUUGCACUGGAGGGUUAAUUUUUCAUAUAUAUAGUCAUUUAAAAAAUCAAACUCUGGUCUCACUG